AAAAAAAAAAAAAAAAAAACUUGAAUUGCUAUCUAAACGAUAAAAAAAAAUAAAAAUAACAUCACUUUUCAUCUUUCACUGAUUUUUGAUAGUUUGCCAAAUAAUUUUCUUGUCAUCUGAUUCUUACUUUUCAUCCCCAGUUUUUGUUUUUUUAAGUGUAAGGUUGUGGUUACUGCAAGGCAUUACUUACAAUGGCCAUGCAACUAAGUAUUGGUUCUUCUUCUUCUUCGUUUGCGAGGGUGGUGACUCCAAAAGAGUUUGAUGUUUUUAUCAGCUUUCGUGGUGAGGAUACUCGUAGAAACUUCACAAGCCAUCUUUAUGAAGCUCUGAGCAAGAAAGUUAUAACAUUUAUAGAUGACAAUGAGCUUGAAAAAGGAGACGAGAUCUCGUCAGCACUGAUCAAAGCUAUUGAGAAGUCGUCUGCAUCUAUCGUCAUCUUCUCAAAAGACUAUGCUUCCUCAAAAUGGUGCUUGAAUGAACUCGUCAAGAUUCUAGAAUGCAAGAAAGAUAAUGGACAGAUUGUGAUACCUGUUUUCUAUGAAAUAGAUCCAUCACAUGUGAGGAAUCAGAAAGGAAGUUAUAUGUUAGCUUUUGAAAAACAUGAACAAGAUUUGAAGCAGAGCAAAGACAAAUUGCAAAAAUGGAAAGAUGCUCUCACCGAAGCUGCCAAUUUAGCUGGGUGGUACUCUCAAAAUUACAAGAAUGACUCCAUCUUCAUUAAAUACAUCAUCGAAGACGUUUUGAAAAAAUUGAAUCUGAGACACCCAUUUGAAGUUAAUGGGCACCUUUUUGGAAUUGAGGAAAAGUAUGAAGAGGUUAAAUCGUUACUGAAAAUUGGGUCAAAUGAUGUUAGAGGCCUAGGAUUAUGGGGCAUGGGCGGCAUAGGAAAGACCACUCUUGCGAAACAUUUAUAUUCCAAACUGUGUUCCCAAUUUGAUCAUCAUUGUUUACUCGAAAAUGUAAGCGAAGAAUCAACCAGAUGUGGACUCAAAGGUGUACGUAAUCAACUUUUUUCUAAAUUGUUGGAGCUUCGUCCCGAUGCACCUAAUCUAGAAACCACAAUUUCCAUGAGAAGACUUGUAUGUAAAAAAAGUUUAAUUGUAUUGGAUGAUGUGGCAACCUUAGAGCAAGCAGAAAAUCUUAACAUAGUUAAUAAUUGCUUAGGACCAGGUAGUAGAGUCAUUGUCACAACUAGAGAUAAGCAGGUAUGUAGCCAAUUUAAUAAAUGUGCAAUAUAUGAGGUCAAGAGAUUGAACAAAGAUGAAUCUCUCGAGGUAUUCUGUUUGGAGGCUUUCAGAGAAAAAUAUCCUAAAAUUGGGUAUGGAGAUCUAUCAAAAAGAGCAAUUGGCUAUUGCGGAGGCAAUCCCCUAGGUUUAAAAGUUUUAGGUACAAAUUUUCGUACCAAAAGCAAAGAAGUGUGGGAAAGUGAACUGGAAAAGCUCAAAAAGAUACCCAAUCGAAGGAUUCAUGAUGUGUUAAAAUUAAGUUUUGAUGGUUUAGAUUGUACUCAGCAGGAUAUAUUUUUAGACAUAGUAUGCUUCUUCUUUUUGGGAAAAUACAUAGACCGAGAUUUCUUAACAACUCUAUCGGAUGCUAGCAAUUUCUUUGCUGAAAGUGGGAUUGAAGUCCUUUCAAAUAAGGCUCUCAUAGUAUUUAGAAUUUGUAAUCUUAUAGAUAUGCAUGAUUUGUUAGUAGAAAUGGGACGAGAGAUUGUUAAGCAACAAUCUCCUAAAAACCCUGGAAGUAGAAGUCGAUUGUGGGAUCCCAUGGAAGUUUGUGAUACAUUGAAAUAUAAAAAGGGAACCGAAGUUGUUGAAGUCAUCAUAUUCGACAUUUCAGAAAUUAGAGAUCUAUACUUGACCUCUGAUUCCUUUAAAAGCAUGACCAACUUAAGAUGUCUUCAUAUAUUCAACAAAAUGCAGCUGCCAGAUGAAGGAAAACACUACAAUGUGCACUUCCUCCAAGGUCUUGAGUGGUUAUCUGAUAAACUGAGACACCUUUAUUGGGUUGGAUUUCCACUUGAGUCCUUGCCAUCGACCUUUUCUGCUGAAUGGCUUGUAAGACUUGAAAUGCGCGGUAGCAAGCUAAAAAAGCUUUGGGAUGGAAUUCAGAAGCUUGGCAAUUUGAAGAGCAUUGACCUUUGUUACUCUAAAGACCUUAUCGAGAUGCCAGAUUUAUCUAGGGCCCCAAAACUUAGUCUUGUAAGUCUUGAUUUUUGUGAGAGCUUGAGUAAGCUCCAUCCAUCCAUUCUCACUGCCCCCAAGCUUGAAGCUCUACUUUUAAGAGGAUGCAAAAAUAUUGAAAGCCUGAAAACCAACAUUUCUUCCAAAUCUCUCCGACGACUCGAUCUUACUGAUUGCUCAUCUCUUGUGGAAUUUUCAAUGAUGUCAGAGAAAAUGGAGGAGUUGUCCUUAAUACAAACCUUUAAACUUGAAUGUUGGUCAUUUAUGUUUUGUAAGAGCAGCGGUCAAAUUCGUCCAAGUUGUCUCAGUCUAAGUAGAUGUAAGAAGCUUAACAUUAUUGGGAGCAAGUUAUCAAAUGAUCUUAUGGACCUGGAACUUGUAGGAUGCCCACAAAUCAAUACAUCAAAUUUGUCGUUAAUCCUUGAUGAACUGCGGUGUUUAAGAGAACUAAAUUUGAGUUCGUGUUCUAACUUAGAAGCUCUCCCUGAAAACAUUCAAAACAAUUCAAAGUUGGCAGUCCUUAAUUUAGAUGAAUGCAGGAAACUUAAGUCCCUACCAAAGCUUCCUGCAUCCUUGACAGAGUUGAGAGCCAUUAACUGCACUGAUCUGGACAUUGAUUCCAUUCAACGACCAAUGCUUGAGAACAUAUUACACAAACUCCACACCAUCGACAAUGAAGGGGAUAGAAUUUUGGAUACUAAUUUUGGUUUCACUUUCCUUCCAGGAGACCAUGUUCCGGACAAGUUUGGUUUUCUUACAAGAGAGUCUUCAAUAGUUAUUCCUCUUGAUCCCAAAUGUAAGUUGUCCGCUUUGAUUUUUUGCAUCAUUCUUUCUGGGAGAUAUGGUGAUUAUUACGAAUCUGUUUGCUGUGAUUGUUUUCAAAACGGAAAAAUAAUCUUCAAUUGGGAUCAAGUGGUUAGUGCUGAGAUGUUAACUGAAGACCAUGUAUUAUUAAGCUCCUUCACAGAAAUAUGGUGUUUUGAAAGGCUGGACUGGACUAUGAAUGAAAGUGAAGGUGAUCAUUGCAGUAUUUCAUGUGAAUUCAUGUGUCGUGCUAACGAGGCAGAAGAAUGGUCAACCGAUGGGAUAAAGGGUUGUGGGGUCCUCCCUGUAUAUAGCUUGGAAUCUGAAAGUGUUGAAUUACAACCCAUUGUUCAAGUCUCUGAUGGGCUACAACACCGAGAAAUCGGAGCUGAAGUCGGAAAUGAUUGUGGAUUCUUCCUUGUAUGAUUUGGAAGUUAGGUUUGGGCUGAAGAAGAGGAGGACUUGAAUAAUAAAUCUUUGCAUGAACGUUCAAAAUCGGUACUUUGUUGAAGCAUGCUACUGCUAGAAGAGUCAAAAAUUCUAUUUAUCUUGUUUCUCAAGCAAAACUAUAAGACAGCAUCGUAGUUCUCAUCGAUGCAGUUGAUUAGUAACAUAAAGUUGUAUGUUUAUAAUAAAUUCAUCCUUUCAAUGUGAAAGUACAUCGAUAAUAUUGUUACAGACUUUACCAUUAUAGAAAUCUUCCUAAUUU